AUGUUAGUAGAGCAGAUUAAUGCGAAUAAGCUACGGAAUCACGUACCAGGCCAAAGCCAGACUGCCGUACAACUUGCAGAACAGCGCAGUGGCUGCCUUUCGAGGAACAAUUUCUUCCUGCCAGAUGUGAGCCUCCUUUUUAUGUAUCAACAACAAAAUUGCAUUUUCUAUAUCUUCAAC